GUUAAAAGAGUCUUUGGUGAUGAAGCCAAACAGAAGCGAGUUCUAGACAGCUCAAACGGUGUGGCCAGAGAUAUCUUUGCAGAUAUAAAGAAAUCAGUAAGUUCGAUAGUUGACAUAUCUCUCCUAAAGAACGACAAAGACCUGAACGAAGACUGCGGCUCUGAUUUCAUAAAAAGCAAAAGAGAGCUGCCUGCAGGCAUUUCCGCAAGCACAAGCGAAUCUGCAUCAGAGGGAAAAAAACUAGCAAUUAGCACAGAAAAUGGCUCACUAGAUGGAAGCACGUUCCUGUGUGCAUUUGAUGGAGAUGCGGACAGAAUGAUAUAUUUGAAGCCGUCUUCCAAUCAGCUGAUAGAUGGAGACAGACUGUGCGUUUUAUUUGCUUCUUUUCUGAACCAUCUUUUGUCGCUUUCUAAUGUUAACAGCGAGAUCACCACUGUGGUAACUGACUACACAAACGGCGCUGCAGUGUCUGAGCUGAAGACAAAGGGAACUGUUAAAGUCGCUGGAACAGGCGUGAAAAACAUGCAAAAAGCGUCGAAUAAUGCCGUUACUGUGUGGUUUGAGAGCAACGGGCAUGGAACAGCCUGUUUUUCAGGAGAGAUAUACAAUGAGAUCAAGAACAAGCUGGGGUACAGUGAAAAUAUUUGUCUUUUGGACAUGCCCGAGUCUGCUCUGCUCAAUGAAAUGGACCAGCUGCUGUGCCGGCCCUCCACCACGCUCUCAACAAAAGAUCCGAGCAAAAGAUCACCUUAUAACGAACUUUUUAGAAAGCUAACAGAGCAGGAAUCAUUAUUGCUACUGCACUCUCUAAGUGAUAUAUUUGAUCCGUACAUAGGUGAUGCGAUUGUAAACAUGCUUAUCAGCGAGUGUAUAUUCUACAGCGGGUUUGUGCUGCCUGAUGUGCUGCUGGGCGUGUACCAGGACAUGCCCAAUCUUCUUACAUCUGUUGCGGGAAGAAGAGACAGAUUGAAUGAGCUGCUUAUUCAGAGCAUAAAGGCAAACUAUUCAGAUGCAAGAAUUCAUUUGCGAGCAUCCGGUACAGAGGAUAUUAUACGGAUAUACGUGGAGGGAGAGUGCGAGGAAAAACUGAGGAGCAUAGUAGAAAAUAUAAAAAUCACACUAAGCGAGCUGUAG